UAGAACGCGGAAGUGGAACGCAGGAAUAGCAAAAGGCCAAUGUUUACGCAGCGUUUCCCGCACAAAUUCUGGCAUUAGCUUAGUUUUAUUUAUUUAUAAAUAAAAAAAAGCUUGUGGUAUCAUCGGAGAGCUUCGAUAGUCAGCUGAUAAGCACCCGCACCCAGCGUCCAGCGGCGCAGUAACAAAAAAUUGGCAAAUCCAAAAAGAAAACACCUCCAAGAUAUCGCUCCCGAAAGCUCAGCGCAUUUUCUUCGACCGGUGGGCCAGAUUUCGAUACAUUGCGAGCAGUGGACGCUGGACGCGGAGAACAACACCAUCACUACUGAAAAUGGGCUGUGACGAAAAGCGGGAGCCGGCGGGCGGCCUGUUGCGCGUUAAGGAUAUACCAGAGCUGACACAGGACCACUGUCGCAUGCGCGAUCCGGCCAAGGUGGAGCGCAUCAUUAACGAGUUCGUCUUGGGCGGGCCAGAGCGCAUGCAAAUCGUGUCGGACUUCGACUACACCAUCACCAAACAGCGGACGGAAGACGGCGGCGCGGUGCCCAGCAGCUUUGGUAUCUUCAAUGCCUGUCAGUCGCUGCCGGAGAACUUCAAGGAGGAGACGGACAAGCUGUACCACAAGUACCGCCCCAUCGAAAUCGAUCCGCACAUGCCUAUAUCGGAGAAGGUCCAGUACAUGAUCGAGUGGUGGACCAAGUCCGGGGAGCUGACCAGCGGCUUCGCCUUCGACCAGUCGGAAAUAGAUCAGAUAGCCGAGAAGUACAAGCAUGCGCUACGUGACCGCACACACGAGUUCUUUGCGGACCUGCAGCGACUGGGCAUUCCCACGCUCGUCUUCUCCGCCGGACUGGGCAAUUCGGUGGUCUCUGUGCUGCGACAGGCCAACGUGAUGCACCCCAACGUGAAGGUGGUGUCCAAUUUUCUGCAGUUCCGCGACGGACUUCUGGAUGGCUUCCAGCAGCCAAUGAUUCAUACCUUUAACAAGAACGAAACCGUGCUUGGAGGCACUGAAUACUACGACCUGGUGCACAACCGGGAUCACAUCAUCGUGAUGGGCGACUCCCUGGGCGAUGCUGACAUGGCGGCCGGUGUUCCAGCUUCCUCGCACAUUAUGAAAAUCGGGUUUCUUUUCGAUCACGUGGAGGCCAACAUGGAGAAGUAUAUGAAUACGUUUGACAUAGUCCUAGUGGACGACCAGACCAUGGAUGUGCCCAGGACCCUGCUCGCCCUCAUUGAGAAGCAGCAUCAGUUGAACCUGCUGGCCGGCAAGCAGAGCUCGCUGUAGGCGCAGGCUUCAGGGGAGGAUGAGGCGUGCGCGGUCUGAAAAGUACUUUGAGCCCCGUUCCUGCUCUCUCAUUAGCGGGAAGGUGCUUGCUAACUGGAAAACAACAGAAGCUACUAAUUAGGUGGUUUAGGUUUAGCCAUUUUACUCAUUUACGAAUGGAUGUGUACAGUUUAUGUAUUCAGAAUCAUAUAUUAAAGACAACGUUGUGCUUUGCCAAA